GGACACAGUCUGCCAUGAUGAUGCUUCUUUCAGGGCUUGUUGGCCUCCUGCUGGUGCUGACAGCUGAGGCCAGAGUCGGAUACGGCGCCGGGUUAGGCGUCUGUUCUGAGACAGAGCAGUGUCUUCUGUUCGAUCUGGUUUGUAAGACUGAGAAUUUCGAAGUGCGUUACUAUGAACCUGCAAAGUGGGCUGCAACAGUUGGGACAGGCUCUUCCGUUGGCAUUGCAUUAGUUAACGGAGUCAAUCAAUUACAUGAAUAUUUCAAUGGUGCCAAUGAAAAUGGAGAAAAAUUUCACAUGCCAGAACACGUUGGCAUUACAGUCCCUAAUGAGACUAUUUGGGAAACGUCUGCCUACGCUGUGAUUGCGUUGCUUCCACUUGAAUAUCAGGAAACCUCCCCCCCGACUCCUACCGUUGAUAAUGUUUACAUCUAUGACGCAGUUGAAAGUACCAUGUAUGUUCGGAGCUUUGAUGGAUUGUUAACGGCCAAGUCUGACAGGGACGCAGCACAAAGUUUGGCCCGUGACCUCGACUCAGUUGGUGCAAAGUACGACAAGAGCUUCUACUUUGUUGCUACAUUUGCCAGUCGGAUGUCGCUCAUUGACAGGCGCAGUGAGGUGCUGUUUGUUGCUCUGGAUGAGCCCGUCUGCAUCUGAAGUGGAUUCAUGACAACAUAAAUGUUGGAUUUUGCUUCACUAUCGCUAUUCAAAUCAUAAAGUGUCAUUUCAUAUAAUGACAAUGACAUCCACAAUUUUAGAUGUUUAUGAA